GUAGGACACAUUUUUCGGAGGACGCGUUGACAUAUUCAGUUUGUCUACGUGAUGGGUUUGUCGAAGCUUAGUAUCUCAGAUGUUGACCUUAAAGGGAAACGUGUUCUUAUUCGGGUUGAUUUCAACGUCCCUAUGAAAGAUGGGAAAGUUACUAACACUCAAAGAAUAGCAGCUGCCAUACCAACUAUUAAAUAUGCUUUGGAUAAGGGGGCUAAGAGUGUCGUCCUAAUGUCCCAUUUAGGUCGGCCAGAUGGGAACAAAGUCGAUAAGUAUUCUCUAAAGCCUGUGUGCCCUGAAGUGUCAAAGUUGUUAGGCAAAGAAGUUACCUUCCUCAGUGAUUGUGUUGGACCUGAUGUAGUUAAUGCGUGUGCUAACCCUGCUCCUGGAAGUGUUUUUUUGUUAGAAAAUCUACGCUUUCACGUUGAAGAGGAAGGAAAAGGUGUCUCACCGACCGGCGAAAAAACAAAAGCCACUGCUGAUCAAAUCAAGGCUUUCAGUGAAAGUCUGACAAAACUUGGUGAUGUUUACGUCAACGAUGCCUUUGGUACGGCACAUAGAGCUCAUGCUUCUAUGGUCGGCUGCCAACUGCCACAAAAAGCCUGUGGAUUUCUCAUGAAUAAAGAACUGACAUAUUUCGCCAGGGCUUUGGAAAAUCCAGAACGUCCUUUCCUAGCUAUUUUGGGAGGUGCCAAGGUUAGCGACAAGAUCCAGUUGAUCAAUAAUAUGCUUGACAAAGUUAAUGAAUUGAUCAUCGGUGGUGGGAUGGCAUAUACAUUUCUUAAGCAAAUACACAACAUACAUAUAGGAAAUAGUUUAUUUGAUGCACCGGGUGCAGAAAUCGUCCACAAAGUAAUGGAAACUGCAAAGGCUAAAAAUGUUGCAAUUCACUUACCUGUUGACUUUGUAACUGCUGAUAAAUUUGCUGACGAUGCGAACACUGAAGUAAGAACUAUACAAUCAGGAAUUGCCGAUGGUUGGAUGGGAUUAGAUAUUGGUCCGAAAACAAUUGAAGAAUUCAGUAAGGUGAUUAGUCGUGCCAAAACUAUUGUUUGGAACGGGCCGAUGGGCGUUUUCGAAAUGGACAAGUUUGCAAGAGGAACGAAAGCAGCAAUGGAUGAAGUGGUCAAAGCUACUAAGAAUGGUGCUACAACUAUUAUUGGUAAGUUGUAUUUAUCCGAUUCCAUUAUCCUCGUUGAACUAAUACACUGCUUUUAAUGAGUUAUUUUCAUUUCCAAAGUAGUAAGGUAUAAACCAUAAUCAAGAUUGCAGGCAGUAUUACAAAGUUAUGUUUUAAUAUCCAGUAAAUUUGAAAAAAGUUAUCCUUUUGCAUAUGGAGUCCUUAUUUUCAUUUGUUUCUGUUUAAAAAUCUGUUUUAAUAUUUUCUCCAAUAUUUCUGUAGGUGGUGGUGACACCGCAACAUGCUGCGCCAAAUGGGACACAGAAGAUAAAGUUAGUCAUGUCAGUACUGGUGGUGGUGCUAGUCUUGAACUUCUCGAAGGUAGGAAUGGCUUCAGUCCAAUUACUUGCAUUUAAUUUCUGUAUGACGGUAUGAUCGGCACGUUUAUGUUGUAUUUGACAUUGAUUUCUCUAAUCUGGAGCCCAAUCUACCAGCUAGUACUUUUCCUGCGUAGCAGAUAGACUGCCUUAAAAAUAAAUUUGGUUGUAUUAUAUAUACUGCAGCUAUGGAGUACAAGUUAUACUUAAAUUGUUUUAAUUCAAAAAUUUAUGUAUUCAAGUAAUCCAGUUUCACAGAGAAGAAUGUUUAAGCGGAACGUUUUCAUUAACUUAAGAUACAGAUUUCACAACCAUGAAUCCUUAAAUAUUAUGUUAUCGUUGUGAGAGGUGGUUUAGUGCUUAAUGAUUUUGAAUUUCAACCAAUAGUUCCUAUGUUUAAGCCCCAUUCUGUUUUGGCAUUCGGGUAAUGUCACGUGCCUUAACACCAGGAGUAUUAUUAUUGUUGUGAAUACAGUAGCCGGUAUAAGUCAGGCUUAUAAGUAGUCAGUUUAGCGCACUGAAAAUAAUGGCUUUGACGUUGAUUCUGGCUUUUUAUGUCACUGGUACAGUUGACAAGUCCUGUAUUAAUGUCUCGAAAAACUCUUAUAAUAAGUUGAUAUCAGCAAUGUUGAAUCCUGGGGGAUUUAGCACACAAUGUGUUGCAUGGUUAUUAUAAUCAUAGCAGUAAUGACCACAGUAAUAUAUUAAUAGAUUUAAUACUGCAUAUACUGAAUAUAAUUUUAUUGGAAACAAAUAUUCAUUUUUUACCAUUCACUUAGUUAGAUGUGUUUGUUUUCAUCAAAGCAACUGUAAUUUCACACCACAUAACUGACUUCAAAAAGUCGUAAAUCAAGAUGCAUUAGAUAUCCGUUUCGUCCCAGCAUGGGACUCCUUAGCAGUGCAUAUCUUCGAUUCCACCGGGGGCUGAACUCACGGUAUACGUUAAAUGUUUUGUCUUCUUUAUUAUAAAUAUGUUCUUGUUUUUCUGUUUCAGGUAAACAAUUACCCGGAGUUGUUGCACUUACGGAUGCUCACUAAUGUGUUUGGUCAUAAUAUCCCUUAACUUCAUAAUUAAUUAUAAUUAGUGUUCUUACCUUCGAAUUUUCACACUUGUUCUCAGUUCUAUGAUUACUUGGUAUUGUUAUACAUGUGUUCUUGAUUUGAUGGAUAUUUUUUCUGUUUCAUUUCUGUACGUGUAGGUGUAUUUCUCCCAUAUGCGCAUUUGCUACCAAUAGAAAUUUCCGG